AUGCCGCCCCGCGCGGCCGCAGCGUCCAGCGCAAGGCCUCGUCGUCGUCCUGUCCCCGCGGCGUCUCCGGACCAAAAGAGGCAGCGGCUCCUCGAGGCGGCCGAGCGUCGUCGACGGUCGGCGGCCGAGGCCGAGGCCGAGUCGGGCGGCGAGUCUGGCGCGACAGUGCCGGGCACCUCGACGGCGGCGCAAGGGCUCGAGCUCGCUUUGGACGCAGGGUCGCAUGGGCAGCACGCUGGCCCCCCUUCGCGGAUCGCGCUCCCUCCCGGUGCGGUGCUGACGGUCGGUCGCGACACCGCCUGCGACGUGACUCUCACUGCCCAGCACAUCUCGCGCCAGCACGCCGUGCUCCGCGUGGCGGCAUGCGGGCGCAGCGUCCGGCUCGAAGACGUCUCGCGGAAGAAUGGCUGCCGCGUGGAGCAGCCCGGCGGGGACGAGGCCACCCUCCUGCGGUCGACGGCCCACGAGGUGUCGGCCUGUCAGCUCGGAGACGGCGACUUCCUCACUUUCGGCCUCUCCAGCGCGCCGCGGUCGAACGAGUGUUCCUUCCGCUACACCGUGCGUGCUGUCGCGGCCGCUCCCGCAGCCACCGCCCGCGUCGCCGGCGCGGCCACUCCAGUAUCCACAGCGCCUGCCGCGCCCACUGCGCCCGCCGCUACCGCCGCGCCCGCCGCUACCGCCGCGCCCGCCGUUACCGCGGCUCCCGCCGAUACCGCCGAUACAGCCGCUACCGCCGAGACCGCCGAUACCACCGCGCCUGCCGCUACUGCUGCGCCUGCAGCGCCCGCCGCUACCGCCGCCGCUGCCGCCGCGGAGGCGACGGUCGAUGGUGGUUGCAUGGAGCCGGACCGGCCGGGCGGCAGCGGUCGCGACAUGAACCGCGAGGAAGGGCAGGCGCCUCCGGCCCCGGAGCCCUCGGAGGCAGUGACGACCUCACAGAUCGGGGUGGCGGCGGCUGAUGCAGGGAACUCGAGCAAAGCUGACGACCGCGCCGUGGCGAGCGGCGGCGGCGAAGAGCGCGGCGCCGAGAGCGACGCGAGCGACGCGAGCGACGCGAGCGACGCGAGCGACGGCGUCACUUUUGUCUGCGUCGGGAGGCGAUCGGUGGGCGCGACGCUCGCACACGCGAGGUACGACUGCGAGGUGGUCCCCUUUGAGGAGGGCCGCGAGGAGGAGAUGUGCCCCUCCUGCUGGUGCGGCGCUUGCGGCGUGCCCGCCGCCGAGUGCCCGGACUGGCCUUCCCACUGCAAGACGACCCGCGCCGCAGCGAUGGCGUGCCACGCGGCUGCGCGGACGGAGUCGCUGCGGGCGCGCCUGCAAGCCGUGCCGCGGCCGCCACCGCUCGAUCCCGGCUGCUCGGCGGCGCGGCUGAUGGCGGAGCCGCGCUGGGGGCCGAUGCGCUUCACCGCUCUCUCGUGGCUGGCCAACUGCGGCAGCGCGGAGGAGGGCGUGUCCGCCACCGUCUCCGCCGUCCACGGCGUGAGCGCUCCGGCCGCGCAGGCGCUGCUCGCCUCGCUGCAAUCCCUCGGGGAGGUGAUCGCCCUCCCGUCGCUCGGCUUGCACGUGAGGCCGGGCACCAACAUUGACGUGCCGCCGGCGCCACCAGCGCCGCUCUUCCCACCGCCGCCGCAGCCUCAGCCGCCGCCGCCGCCGCAGCCCCGCCCCGCAGCCGUGCUGCCUCACGAUGUCGUGAUGCAGAUGCUCGCUUCUGCACCAGAGCCGUGA